AUGGAAGGAAACGUGUUUGUGGUGAGCCUGGCCUUCGCUGACCUGGUGGUGGCGCUGUAUCCCUAUCCUCUGGUGCUGUACGCCAUCUUCCAUGACGGAUGGUCACUGGGAGAGACGCAGUGCAUGGUGAGCGGCUUCCUGAUGGGCCUCAGCGUCAUCGGCUCGAUCUUCAACAUCACGGCCAUCGCCAUCAACCGCUACUGCUACAUCUGCCACAGCUUCGCCUACGACAAGUUCUUCAGCUUCCGGAACACGCUGCUGCUGGUCGCUCUGGUCUGGCUGCUCACCAUCGUCGCCAUCGUCCCCAACUUUUUCGUGGGAUCCCUCAAGUACGACCCCAGAGUCUACUCUUGCACAUUCGCCCAAACCGUGAGCGCCUCCUACACAAUCGCUGUGGUGGUGGUGCACUUUUUCGUCCCCAUCACCAUCGUCACAUUUUGCUAUUUGCGAAUAUGGAUUUUGGUGAUACAGGAAACAUCUCGCGGCGGGACGGAGGCGAUGAAAAGCAAACCGUCGCCAGGUUUGAACAACAAUGAGCAACAAGGAGAAACACACUGA